UUUGGACCCCGGAAGCUCAGAGAAGCCGCGGAUCUUUCGGGUUGUGGUUUAACGUUGGGGCUUUGCAAAAGGGACAACGUGGGUUUCCUGGAAGGAACGAUUCUGCAGUGAUGGCUGCUACGCAUGUUACAGAGGGUACUAUUACAGUGGAUGGGCAGACCCUAUUCUACCGGCAAGCCAAGCCUGCUCAGCAGGCUCCUCAGCUUUCUGUCCUGUUGCUUCAUGGGAUUCGUUUUUCAUCAGAGACCUGGCUCAAUUUGCAGACUUUGUCCAAGCUGGCGGAAGCUGGAUAUCGUGCAGUAGCUAUUGACCUGCCUGGGUUAGGCCGUUCUAAGGAUGCUGCUGCCCCGGCCCCCGUCGGCGAACCAGCCCCAGGCGGCUUCUUGAAGUCUGUCUUUGAGGCCCUGCAGCUCGACCAGGCGGUGGUGAUCAGCCCAUCUCUCAGCGGGAUGUACUCGCUGCCCUUCCUCUUCCAGCACAACCCUCUGCUCAAGGCCUACAUUCCUGUGGCACCCAUCUGCACCGAUAAAUUCUCGGCCUCACAAUACGCCAGCAUCCAAACACCAACACUCAUCGUGUAUGGGGACCAGGAUGCUCUGAUGGGUGAAGUGAGCUUGAACAACUUGAAGAACUUAUCUAAUCACAAGGUGAUGCUGAUGAAGGGGGCAGGCCAUGCCUGUUACCUUGACAAACCAGAGGAGUGGCACCUUGGUCUUCUAGACUUCUUGAAGAGCCUGGGGUGAAGGAAAAAAACUGGAUUUCCCAAACAACCCACCAUAAUUGAUGACCUCACCAUCUCUCUCUCUCUCUCUCUGGUCCAGAUUAAUGACCUCAUUUAUCCUCUGGUUCUGAGAAUCUCUUUUUUUCAGUUCUUUCAACAAUUUGAGCAGGGACUGUGAACUUUUUGGGUAUGUCUGGUAGUUCCAGAAAUAAAGAGUUCACAAGUGGAUGAUGGUGCAUCCAAAAUACUUCCAUUGCUUCACGUUUCAUCAGGUACGUUGCCAGCUUAACCACCUCUCUUUUUCCCUUCUUUUCCCAUGAAUUGCAGAAGGUCACACUUACUCAUAAUUCCCGUAUAAAGAUGUUACACGCCCGUGUUGGUAUCUGGAUUGCACUUGGCCAGAUGUGUUUUGGCAUUAAAUUCACCUAUCCUUCCUGCCCCUCACUCAGUCAUAACUUUAAUACUUCCAUCUUCCUUUUAUCAAAGGGACAUAAAAGUCAACAGUGUUUGUACUUUGGGUUGACUGAGAUUGAUGAAAUGAAAGGGACAGCCUCUCUGUCUCCCAUCCAAACAGUCUUUCAGGCCCAGUCCAGCUGUAGAGCUCUUUACUAUCUCUGUUCCUAAUAUCUUUGUCAGGAUAAGUUCUGUCUAAAUUACAGAACCUUCCUCAAUUUCACUAUUCUGCUCUGUACAAACAUUUCUGUGUCAGAAUCUGUUUCGCCUUGGUUUUGGGGUUGCAAAAAGGUGUAUUUUGUUACAACAGAGCUGAACACUACCAUGAACAAUACUUGAAUGAUUCUAUCCUGGGGACAAUCAGAGGGACCACUAAGUGAACAAGGCGGGUGCAGACCUUCAGGAAUUAAUCUGAAGUAGAAAAAAGAAAAAUAAAUUAGAUCAGAUGUUCAGGACCUGCCUGGAUUGCAGGAGAGUUCCGGAUGAAUAAUAAGUUGUUUCUGAAAAUGAAUCACUUGUGAUUGAAUAAAACUUUCAUUUGCUCCUCUGU